CUUUGCAUCACUUAUUUACAUCAUAUUAUUCUUCUCCGUCAUCUCCUCUGUUUCACUUUCAGGGGGGUUUCCUUGGUUUUGUUUCCUUCUAGCUUUCGUGGGGUAAUUACUUUGCUUGUCUUGCGCUGAGACCUAGUCUCUCUUCUCUCCGCAACCACAACCACAACCACAACCGUGCACGGUUAAUAAUUAAUAUAACGUAUUCCCUCAAGAACAGUAUUGCAGUGAAGAUGGCGGGGAAAGGAGCCGGAGUCGAUGCGGAGGAACGGGCACAGACACCCUCUGUUUUUGAUCCCCACGGACCGACCUCUCAUACUCCGCAGACGCUGGACAGUGUCUCAAACAUCCAAUUUUCUGGUUCUGGUUCCGCGGCACGAAAACAUCCACGAAGCGGUUCUUCGUCCACCGUUCCAGAUGACGAGCUUUCCUGCCAUAACAGCCAUGACAAGGUCGGGUCUCAAACACCCCAGAACGGCCAUGGCAACGAGCAAGCGUUAUGCUUAUCGUCCGCCAUGACACACUCUGCAAAGCGACACCGUUCGAACAACAACUGGCCCCUGACUCGCAGUGAGGGACCAGAAGCGAUAUCGCCACAUGCUCCGGCAAGUGCUAAUGGCAAGGGUCGUCAACUGCGCCACAGUAAUAGUAGCCGCUAUCUUGUUACUGUCAAUGGCAAGGCAGGGAAGAAUUACUACAGACUGUCUCCGAGCCCUCGUCCUGCUUCUCGCAGGGCGGCGGAGGCUAGGAAUAACCAGGUCCGACGGUCUCGGUUCAUUGAGGAAACCAUGAGCGAUAGCGUCAGUCGGAAGCCGCCCAGUAUCUUCAUGCGUGAUCAUGGACGGUCUGGGAAGUCAGCGGAUGACAAGUUUGGGAUUUUCCGAUUCGGGAAGACGAUUGCCUCUGCCUUUAACCCCUUUGGCAGCUCUUGGGGGAGCGUGUCUGAUCUAUGGAAAAAUUCUUCCGAGCAGAAUAGUAACAGCGGCGGCAAUAAUAACAAUACUAAUUACGUCAACUCGGAGGCGGAUGAUUUGAAGCUUCGUGCGGAAAAGGCCUACGAGGAGCUGAAGAGAUCUGGUUACAAGGGGACGGUGAAGGGGAAGUACUUGCAAAGUGUCGGUGCCGGUGCCAGUUCCAGCACCAGUGCCAGUACUGAUGCGGAUGAGAAGAUUGCCCAGCAGACCUGGAAGGCGAUACAGGACAUGAUGGACUACAAUGACGGUACCAGCACUGCCACUGCUAGCAACAAACAACCUGGGGGAUAUAUGAGACAGACUUCCUCGGGGCCGUCGCAGUCCCAGGCUGGGAGAUAUCCAUCGGCGAACAAGGAGGUUAUUGCUCAUCCGCAGCUCUCCUCUGGACGGCUCGACCGGAUGUCUUCCCUCAGAUCAUCUGUCCCGGAUCUCCGCAGGGCCAAGUCAGCUUUGUCGAGUGUAUCUGCCAUCAAACGCCAGGAUGCAUGGACAUCUUCUCAGUUGCAGGCUCCGAGAACUUCUAUUGAAGAAGGUGACAACGCUGCUGAUACCCAGGUUCGAAAACAGAAAUCUCGCAAGGACCUCUUGAAACAAGCCAAACUUCUGAAGCAAGUCAGCAAUCUUGAAGAGAAACUAGACAAGGCGCGUCGAGAGCUCCGCAACCUCCAAGGUGGUGACGAACUCCCGACAGAGCCCAUUGUUCCGUACGUUCCCAAGUCCUAUAACAGAAGGUUCGUGCCAGGGUGUUUGCCUGCCGUCUCAUCGGAUAGGUUCUCUGGGUUGCGGUCGAACGAGUCCGAUGGCGACAGUGACAAUGCGGAGAUUCCGAGUGUCCCUCGAAUCGUCUGGAGCCCAGAGGGGGUACCGAAACAGCCACCUGUCAAGAGGCAGGUUCUUAGGUCGACGUCAGGGAAUCUUCUCAGGACCCUGGACGUUGAGGAUGCAAAGAACAUUAUUAAGCCUCAUCCCUCCUCAUCCAACAAAAGGAAAUCAUCUAAUCCUGAGCCGAUCCCGACGUCACCUACCGCAUUUUCGGGCUACCAAAAUGGGCAGAACUGCAUCCCGACCACACCUGACUCCAGGGCAAAUCAGGUCCGGAAAUCAAAGCUUCCCAAAAACAGGACAGAGGAUAGCCCCGGUUCUGUGGAAAGGAAACAGUCCAGACAGCAUCAGUCUAGAUCCCCCUCUUCUUCGCGUCGACAGUCUCCUGGCUUAAGGAACCGGAAUACCCCCAUGCUUCGGACCAGAGGGGACAUGCCUGAUCUUCGCUCUGCGAACGCCAACUCUGGAAAUCGCAAAAAUUCGUCUUCGCAGAAAAUCGAACUGCACCAGCAACAAUUCGCCAACGACCAGCUUGACCAUGCCAGUAACGCAGAGAUCGAUGACGAAUAUGAUUACGAACGUGAAUUUAUGAAAUACGAUGAUGAUAUCCCUCCCGUCCCUCCACUACCAAAAGAGUUAAUCGAAGCGGCCAAAAACGCCAAGAGGGACAGUUUCCUGGCCAGACUGGUUGAGAAGGAGAAUAAUAGGAGAAAUUACAAUAAAAAGCCCAAAUCUGGCUUGGAGAAAGCAUCGGUUGCUACUGAUCUUGGUAAAGAGAACUUCGAGUGGCCCGAGGACGUCUUCUGAUUGAUGAUUGACGAUUUUAUGAGUCUCUUAUGUUUAUGAUUUUUUUCCCUGUUGGUGUAAUACUCUUCUUUCCUUAAUCUGAUUGCUUUUGAAAUGUGAUGUUGUCAUGGUCACGAUCUGUUUGGAUGCUUGUUCAUUUCUUUCACUUCAGGGCUGGGACUUGUGUUUCCACUGUUUCAUGUUUGUCUGAUUCGUUCAUUAUCCUUUUCUCCUAUUUUAUGAUGUAGAUGAAGCAGUAAUGAACUUCCGAGUAUGAAUAUG